AUGAGCGAGAAGAGCCACAUCCCAGCCUCUGCUGGAAGCUGCCAGGAGCCGCAUUCCUCGGGCUCCCAGCCGGGCUGCAGCCCCCGGGCCGAGCAGGAGCAGCUCCAGUCUGCGGAGCCGGCCAAGGAGCCAGCCGGGCCCCGGGAGGAUGCUCAGCCCCCGGGAGGAGCGGAGGAGGAGUGCGGGGGCCACCGGCAGCUGGAAACGACAGCGGCAGCUCCGAGCUCAAGGCUGGACGAGCAAGGAGCGGGGACAGACGCUGAGAGUGGCCCUGAGGACAGCCCGGGGCUGGGGGACGCUGUAGAGGCAGAGCUGGCAGCGGGACGGGAGCCGCGGGACGGCAGCGGGAGCGACGCGGGGGACUCGGGGUCCCCUUCCCUGGGGAUACCCAGCCAGGCCCUCAGCAAGGAGUGGAGCCACGGAAUCCUGGGCUCCUCGGAAGCUCUGAGCUCUGAGGAGCCCGAGGAGCAGCUCGGGUUUGCUUCAGGAGAUGCCAGGCUGCUGUACAGCGAGGAUGAGAAGGAACAUUUUCAAUUCAAAGACAUCAGGGAUGGGUUCAGCUCGACCUUUGAGAAGAUUGUUGAGUCUGACCUUAUGAAAGGGACAUACUACAGCAGCUUGGACUCCUUGGAUGUCCUCUCCCUGACAGAUGAGACAGACAGCUGUGUCAGUUUUGAGGCUCCACUCACACCAUUGAUCCAGCAAAGGGUGAAGGAAAGCCCUGAACUCUUGGAACAGAAACUCAUAGCCCAGCAGAGAGAAGUCCAGCACCACAUGGCUGCUGAAAAGCAAGAGCAGGCAGCAGCAAAGCCCACAGAGGGGGAUUUUGGAAGCCCUCUCAGGCACUCAAUCACCAGUAGCAGGUCAGAAAAUGUGCUGAGCCACUUGUCCUUGAAGAAUAUCCCAAAUGGGUUCCACCUGGAAGGCUCAGAGGAAGAUGCCACCAAGAUCAUUAACUCUAUCAGUGAGGCCAGCUUGAAGGACACCUUGUCAGACUCAGACUCUGAGAUGGGCAGCACGGAACAGCUCGACCAGGGCAGCACAGACACCUUGGCAAACGGGUGCAGGGUGGAUGGGGAGGCUGCCAAGAGGUUGGCCAAACGCCUCUACAACCUGGAGGGCUUCAAACGCUGCGACGUGGCACGCCAGCUGGGGAAAAAUAACGAAUUUAGCAAGUUGGUAGCAGAGGAGUAUCUCAGCUUCUUUGACUUCACUGGCCUGACCCUUGACAAAGCACUCAGGACGUUCCUGAAAGCUUUCCCGCUGAUGGGAGAGACGCAGGAGCGGGAGCGGGUGCUGAUUCACUUCUCCAGGAGAUACUGCCAGUGCAACCCUGAGGAGAGCACCUCCGAAGAUGGGAUUCACACACUCACCUGUGCCCUGAUGCUGCUGAACACAGACCUCCAUGGCCAUAAUAUUGGCAAAAAGAUGUCAUGUCAACAGUUCAUAGCAAACCUGGAUGGGCUGAACGAUGGGAAGGACUUUGCAAAGGAUUUGCUGAAGACACUCUAUAACUCCAUCAAGAAUGAGAAGCUGGAGUGGGCCAUUGAUGAGGACGAGCUGAGGAAAUCCCUCUCCGAGCUGGUGGAUGACAAAUUCGGAGCCAGCGCCAAGAAGGUGACAAGGAUUGUGGACAGCAGCAACCCCUUCCUGGACAUCCCCCAAGCACUGAACGCUGUCACCUACAAGCACGGUGUCCUGACACGCAAAACCCACGCAGACAUGGAUGGGAAGAGGACUCCCAGAGGAAGAAGAGGUUGGAAGAAAUUUUAUGCUGUGCUUAAAGGGACUGUCCUGUAUUUACAAAAGGAUGAAUAUAAACCUGACAAAGACCUCUCAGAAGUGGAUCUGAAGAAUGCCAUCCGUGUGCACCACGCCUUAGCCACCAAAGCCUCUGACUACAGCAAGAAAUCCAACGUGCUCAAGCUGAAGACAGCUGACUGGAGAGUCUUCCUUUUCCAGGCUCCAAGUAAGGAAGAAAUGCUCUCCUGGAUCCUGAGAAUCAACCUUGUUGCUGCCAUUUUCUCUGCCCCAGCCUUCCCAGCUGCCAUCUGCUCCAUGAAGAAGUUCUGUCGCCCUCUCCUGCCUUCAUCCAUGACCAAGCUGUGCCAGGAGGAACAGCUGAGGUCUCAUGAAAAUAAAAUGAAGCAGAUUGCAGACGAAUUAGCAGAGCAUAAAUUACAUCCUGUAGAGAAGAGCCUCAAGUCAAAAGAGGCCGAGGAAUACAGACUCAAAGAACAUUACCUAAUAUUUGAGAAAAGCCGCUAUGAGACCUACAUCAACCUCCUGUGCAUGAAGAUAAAAGUUGGGACAGAUGACUUGGAGAGAAUCGAAACCACUUUCUUCAAGGUGGAAGCUGAUGACAUGGCUUUGAGGAAAACACAUUCGAGCCCGUCCUUGAGCCAAGGCCACGUGUCCAUCAGCUGUAAGGCAGGAAAGGACAUUUUAGAGCAGAACACUUAAUGGGAACCAGAAGCACAAGGGGGUGAACAGGUGAUGUUUUGCGCUCCUGGACUAGACCGACGAGCACAAUUUUACCUAGAAAAUGUCAUGAGCAAACCACAGACACCUGUGACAUGGCGACUGCUCCAGUGCAAGAAAUCAAAGAAGCUUCAGUGG